GGCGGAGUGUGGGGGGGUGGGGGUGCGCACGGCGGUGUUUUCUUCAGGCACCGCGGCGGGCAGCCCAAAGGGGCGUGUCCACGGGAGGCCCCCGCGGGCGGUGGCGGCGCGGAAGCUGUGGCCCUCGGCGGUGGUUUUCAGGGCCUUGAAGCAGCUGCACAUCUGAGUGCUGGCAAGCACUUGUCCCCUUGCCUUUUGCCUCUCUUGUUUCUGCGGCGAUGCCCAAGGUGAAGAGGAGCAGGAAGCCUCCCCCGGAUGGCUGGGAGCUGAUAGAGCCGACGCUGGAUGAGCUGGAUCAGAAAAUGAGAGAAGCGGAGACUGAGCCUCAUGAAGGGAAGAGGAAAGUGGAAUCCCUUUGGCCUAUCUUUAGAAUUCAUCACCAGAAAACACGUUACAUCUUUGAUCUCUUUUAUAAAAGAAAAGCUAUCAGCAGAGAGCUCUACGAGUACUGCAUCAAGGAAGGAUACGCUGACAAAAACCUGAUUGCAAAGUGGAAGAAACAGGGUUACGAGAACCUCUGCUGCCUGCGGUGUAUCCAGACACGGGACACCAACUUUGGAACCAACUGCAUCUGCAGGGUCCCCAAAAGCAAGCUGGAAGUGGGAAGAAUCAUUGAAUGCACUCACUGCGGAUGCAGAGGCUGUUCUGGAUGAAGCCUUUAGCCAUAAGACUGCUUUCUGAACUCUGAGGGAUAUUAUCCUACACAAUGGACUAUUAGUGCAGUUCUAGCCACCUUCUGUGUGAUUGGAUAUUUCUGUAUAGCAAUUAAAAUGGCAACAUAUUCUUCUGGAUAAUAUAUACAAUGGUGGUUGUUUUGGAGUACGUUGCUGUGUAGCCAUCUAUUUUAAAAUAAAGUCUGCCUCCUGA